UGGCCCGCCCGCCGGCGGAGGACUCGCCCAGGCGCUAGCCGAGUGGAGGCUGGGAGCAUUUGCAGCAGAAUUUUUUGGCUUUCCCCCCCCCCCCCCCUUCCCACUCCUCCUUUUCCAAUUUUUCUUCUUCCCGGGAAGUGAAUUGCUGAUGCCAAGCGGACUUGAUUCAUUAAUGAUGCAGCCGGAUUCGUUUCAGGAUUAUGUUGCACGAAUUGAAUUUUGAAUGAAGGAGUUUUUUUUUUUUAAUUUUUAAAUUUUUGAAAGAAGUGUUGACUCUUUUAGUUCGUUGUACUUUUAAUUAUUAUUUUAUUUAAGCAUACAAGUUAAUUGUAUUAUUCUCUUAAAAAAUAUUAAAUCUAUAUUUUAUGGAAACUUACCCUGAAGAUAUAUAUGUUUAUGACUGAAAUUGAAGACGCUUCCGUUAAGCGAGGUGACUGGUGUGUUGGAUGUUUAAUUCAGCACCGGCAUUGCAUGACAGUGGUUGAAAUAACAAGUGGUUUAUUUUUCUAAAACCACACCUUGAGAAUUUUAGGCUCCGAUAGUAACAGUAGACAUCGUAAGGGCAAUUAAAAGAAAACCAGCAGAAAUCGAAGCAAACAUGUCCGGGGAAGUGCGUCUGAGACAGCUGGAGCAAUUUAUUUUAGAUGGGCCGGCUCAGACCAAUGGGCAGUGCUUCAGCGUGGAGACUUUACUGGACAUACUCAUCUGCCUUUAUGAUGAAUGCAAUAAUUCUCCACUGAGAAGAGAGAAGAACAUUCUUGAAUAUCUAGAAUGGGCGAAACCAUUUACUUCUAAAGUGAAACAAAUGAGAUUACACAGAGAAGACUUUGAAAUAUUAAAGGUGAUUGGUCGAGGAGCUUUUGGGGAGGUUGCUGUAGUUAAACUAAAAAAUGCAGAUAAAGUAUUUGCCAUGAAAAUUCUGAACAAGUGGGAAAUGCUGAAAAGAGCUGAGACAGCGUGCUUUCGUGAAGAGAGGGACGUACUGGUGAACGGAGACAACAAGUGGAUAACAACCCUGCACUACGCUUUCCAGGACGACAACAACCUAUACCUGGUUAUGGAUUAUUAUGUUGGUGGGGAUUUACUUACUCUGCUCAGCAAAUUUGAAGAUCGACUGCCUGAAGACAUGGCUCGGUUCUACCUGGCUGAGAUGGUGAUAGCAAUCGACUCAGUUCAUCAGCUCCACUAUGUACAUAGAGACAUUAAACCUGACAAUAUAUUGAUGGAUAUGAAUGGACACAUUCGUUUAGCAGACUUUGGUUCUUGUCUGAAGCUGAUGGAAGAUGGAACGGUCCAGUCCUCAGUGGCAGUUGGAACUCCAGAUUAUAUUUCUCCUGAAAUCCUUCAAGCUAUGGAAGAUGGAAAAGGCAGAUACGGACCUGAGUGUGAUUGGUGGUCUUUGGGGGUCUGUAUGUAUGAGAUGCUUUAUGGAGAAACACCAUUCUAUGCUGAAUCUCUGGUGGAGACAUAUGGAAAAAUCAUGAACCACAAAGAGAGGUUUCAGUUUCCACCCCAAGUGACUGAUGUGUCUGAAAAUGCUAAGGAUCUUAUUCGAAGACUCAUUUGUAGCAGAGAACAUCGACUUGGCCAAAAUGGAAUAGAAGACUUUAAGAAACAUCCGUUUUUCAGUGGAAUUGAUUGGGAUAAUAUUCGAAACUGUGAAGCACCUUAUAUUCCAGAAGUUAGUAGCCCAACAGAUACAUCAAAUUUUGAUGUGGAUGAUGACUGUUUAAAAAAUUCUGAAACAAUGCCUCCGCCAACACAUACUGCAUUUUCUGGCCAUCAUCUACCAUUUGUUGGUUUUACAUAUACUAGUAGCUGUGUUCUUUCUGACCGGAGCUGUUUAAGAGUCACAGCAGGUCCCACCUCAUUGGACCUUGAUGUAAAUGUCCAGAGAACUCUCGAUAAUAACUUAGCAACUGAAGCUUAUGAAAGAAGAAUUAAGCGGCUGGAACAGGAGAAGCUUGAACUUACUAGAAAACUUCAAGAGUCAACACAGACCGUUCAAGCUCUGCAGUAUUCAACUGUUGAUGGUCCACUAACAGCAAGCAAAGAUUUGGAAAUUAAAAGCCUGAAAGAAGAGAUCGAGAAACUAAGGAAACAAGUAGCAGACAUGAAUCAUUUGGAACAACAGCUUGAAGAAGCUAAUUCAGUGAGACGGGAGCUAGAUGAUGCUUUUAGGCAAAUCAAGGCUUUUGAAAAACAAAUCAAAACUUUGCAGCAGGAAAGAGAGGAGCUAAAUAAGGAACUAGUCCAGGCUAGUGAGCGAUUAAAAAACCAAUCCAAAGAGCUGAAAGACGCCCACUGUCAGAGGAAGCUGGCCAUGCAGGAGUUCAUGGAGAUCAAUGAACGACUAACAGAAUUGCACACCCAGAAACAGAAACUUGCUCGCCAUGUCCGAGAUAAGGAAGAAGAGGUGGACCUGGUGAUGCAAAGAGCUGAGAGCUUAAGGCAAGAGCUGCGCAGAGCAGAGAGAGCCAAGAAAGAGCUGGAAGUUCACACUGAAGCUCUGAUUGCUGAAGCAUCGAAGGACAGGAAGCUGCGUGAGCAGAGCGAGCAUUAUUCUAAACAGCUGGAGAACGAACUGGAGGGCCUGAAGGAGCUGCAUGACUCCGAAGGCCAGCAACUUGCUCUCAACAAAGAAAUUAUGGUUUUAAAAGACAAAUUGGAGAAAACCAGAAGAGAAAGUCAAAGUGAAAGGGAAGAAUUUGAAAAUGAGUUCAAACAACAAUAUGAACGGGAAAAAGUCUUAUUAACAGAAGAAAAUAAAAAGUUAACGAGUGAACUUGAUAAGCUGACCACGCUGUAUGAGAACUUAAGUGUACGCAACCAGCACUUAGAAGAAGAGGUCAAGGAUCUAGCAGACAAGAAAGAAUCAGUUGCUCACUGGGAAGCCCAAAUCACAGAGAUAAUCCAGUGGGUGAGUGACGAAAAGGAUGCGCGAGGCUAUCUUCAGGCCUUAGCUUCUAAAAUGACAGAAGAAUUAGAAGCAUUGAGAAAUUCCAGCUUGGGGACCCGAGCAACAGAUAUGCCCUGGAAAAUGCGUCGUUUUGCAAAACUGGACAUGUCAGCUAGACUAGAGUUACAGUCAGCUCUGGAUGCAGAAAUAAGAGCUAAGCAGGCCAUCCAGGAAGAGCUAAAUAAAGUUAAAGCAUCUAACAUCAUAACAGAAUGUAAACUGAAAGAUUCAGAGAAGAAGAACUUGGAACUGCUGUCGGAAAUUGAGCAGCUGAUAAAGGACACUGAAGAGCUUAGAUCUGAAAAGGGUAUAGAGCACCAAGACUCACAGCAUUCUUUCUUGGCAUUUUUGAAUACGCCUACCGAUGCUCUGGAUCAAUUUGAAGAUUCCUUUUCUUCUUCCUCAUCCUCACUGAUUGAUUUUUUGGAUGACCGCUCCCCGUCCUGUACUCCAGCUAACAAAGGCAGACGUACUGAUCCUGUUAACAACACUUAUAUAUGGAACCCGAGCAUCAAGUUUUACAUCCAGUCAAGGUCCACAUCUCCUUCCACAUCUAGUGAAGCUGAGCCAGUUAAGAUUGCAGACUCUGCUCCACUUCCAGCUCACACGCCAACCUUAAGGAAAAAGGGAUGCCCUGCCUCAGCUGCCUUCCCGCCUAAGCGCAAGACUCAUCAGUUUUUCGUGAAGUCUUUCACUGCCCCUACAAAGUGCCACCAGUGCACCUCCUUGAUGGUUGGGUUGAUAAGACAGGGCUGUUCCUGUGAAGUGUGUGGGUUUUCGUGUCAUAUAACGUGUGUGAACAAAGCUCCGACUGCUUGUCCGGUUCCUCCUGAGCAGACUAAGGGUCCCCUUGGUAUAGACCCAUUCAAACUGUUUCUCUACGAUAUUGCGGAAGGAAAGACAUCUCAACCCAGCUCUGUCAUCAGUCAGGUGAUUGACAUGAGAGAUGAAGAAUUUUCUGUAAGUUCAGUCUUGGCUUCUGAUGUUAUUCACGCAAGUCGAAAAGAUAUUCCCUGUAUAUUUAGAGUCACAGCGUCCCAGCUCUCAGCACCUAGUAACAAAUGUUCCAUCCUGAUGCUAGCGGACAGUGAGAAUGAGAAGAGUAAGUGGGUGGGAGUGCUGAGUGAACUACACAAGAUUCUGAAGAAAAACAAAUUCCGAGACCGCUCAGUGUACGUUCCCAAAGAGGCUUACGACAGCACUCUACCCCUCAUCAAAACCACGCAGGCGGCUGCAAUCCUAGAUCAUGAAAGGAUAGCUUUGGGAAAUGAGGAAGGAUUGUUUGUCGUGCAUGUCACCAAAGAUGAGAUUAUUAGAGUUGGUGACAAUAAGAAAAUUCAUCAGAUUGAACUCAUUCCAAGUGACCAGCUUGUUGCUGUGAUCUCAGGCCGAAAUCGUCAUGUCCGACUUUUUCCUAUGUCAGCUUUGGAUGGGCGAGAGACGGAAUUUUAUAAGCUAGCAGAAACUAAAGGGUGUCAAACCAUAACUGCUGGGAAAGUGCGCCACGGAGCUCUGUCCUGCCUCUGUGUGGCUAUGAAAAGACAAGUCCUCUGUUACGAGCUAUUCCAGAGCAAGACCCGGCACAGGAAGUUUAAGGAAAUUCAAGUCCCAUGUAACGUCCAGUGGAUGGCCAUCUUCAGCGAGCAGCUCUGUGUAGGAUUCCAGUCAGGAUUUCUCAGAUACCCUUUGAGUGGAGAAGGAAGUCCAUGCAAUAUGCUCCAUUCAAAUGACCACACACUAUCAUUCAUUGCACAUCAACCCAUGGAUGCUAUCUGUGCAGUUGAGAUCUCCAACAAAGAGUAUUUGCUGUGUUUUAGCAGCAUUGGGAUAUACACGGACUGCCAGGGCCGAAGAUCUAGACAGCAGGAAUUGAUGUGGCCAGCAAAUCCUUCCUCUUGUUGUUACAAUGCACCUUAUCUCUCCGUUUAUAGUGAAAAUGCAGUUGAUAUCUUCGAUGUAAACUCCAUGGAAUGGAUACAGACCCUUCCUCUCAAAAAGGUCCGACCAUUAAACACUGAGGGAUCAUUAAAUCUUUUAGGGUUGGAGACUGUUAGAUUAAUAUAUUUCAAAAAUAAGAUGGCAGAAGGGGAUGAACUUGUAGUUCCUGAAACAUCAGAUAAUAGUCGAAAACAAAUGGUUAGAAAUAUCAACAACAAGCGGCGUUACUCCUUCAGAGUCCCAGAGGAGGAGAGGAUGCAGCAGAGGAGGGAGAUGCUACGAGAUCCAGAAAUGAGAAAUAAAUUAAUUUCUAACCCAACUAAUUUUAACCACAUAGCACACAUGGGUCCUGGAGAUGGAAUACAGAUCCUAAAAGACCUGCCCAUGCCAGGUUUCCCUUAUCCGUCCCCUCAUCACCACUCCGGUCUGAUCUCCUCUCCGAGCAACUUUGAGCACAUCUAUCACAUGACUGUCAGUUCUGCUGAACAGUUUCUCUCUCCUGAUUCCAUAAACCCUGAGCACCUCCCGUCCCUGCGCUCUGCCCCUGGUACACCACAUUCUGUGACUCUGAGGAACCCACGUCCUCAGGAAAGCCGGACAGUAUUCAGUGGCUCCGUCAGUAUUCCCUCCAUCACCAAGUCCCGCCCUGAACCAGGCCGCUCCAUGAGUGCCAGCAGUGGCCUGUCUGCACGGUCGUCAGCCCAGAAUGGCAGUGCACUAAAGAGGGAGUUCUCUGGAGGAAGCUACAACACAAAGCGACAGCCCAUGCCCUCUCCCUCCGAGGGCUCCUUGUCAUCGGGAGGCAUGGACCAAGGAAGUGACGCCCCCGCCAGGGACUAUGAUGGAGAGGACUCCGAUUCUCCAAGGCAUUCCACAGCUUCCAACAGCUCCAACCUGAAGCCCCCAAGCCCCGUUUCACCCCGAAAGACCAAGAGCCUCUCCCUGGAGAGCACAGACCGCGGGAGCUGGGACCCGUGAGCCCAGGACCGCGCUGUGGCCACAGGCAGGGACUCUGCACCGGACAACGUGCCUGGCGGCGGCAGCGUCGCCUUCCGCGCUACUGCGCUGAGGAUUCCUCCGCAGCCAGGCCCGCUUUCCCCUCCCCCUCCAGGUAGCUUCCGUAGACAGACUGCGCAGACGCAGCGCCAAGAGUAGACAGGUUGUGGUCUCACCUCUCACCGUAGUCCUCACGUAGCGCCCAGCAGCCUCCAUGAGCGUCAGCCCGACUGUUGCCAGGAAUAAAUCCUCACGACUUAAAACAAUGCAUAUUUUACUACAAUACAGAGUUUAAAUAAAUACAUAAAUGUAGAAGUUAAAUACUGAAUGUAUAUAGUCAAAGAAGCAUCUUGUGUUCGAUGAAAGAUGGAUGCGUAUAUAAGAAAGAUCAUUUAAUUUAAAGAAAUGUGUUGUUUCUUGUCUGUUUCCCAGCUGAGUCAUAUACAGGGUAGAAAGGCCUCCAGUGACAUUUGUAAAGAGAUCAGAAGUCAGGGCCCCGUGGUAUCUGUCCCCAAGUGUGGGCAGCUGAGAUCAUGGGGAAAUCUAAGGAAUGUUUGUUUGGAGGUUGGUGCCAUUGGUGGGUGUGACCCGGACACCACAGGUGGCGUCGAAAUCACUCCGAGGCACACUUGCCUCCCAAGGCAUUUCUUUCUCUAGUGAUGGAUUUGAACAUGUCCCCCUCUUACUAUAUUUUGAUAUCUCGCACAGUUGAAUGUGAAAGACAAUUCUGUCAUCUUCUGACCCUUCCUUCCCAUCGUAAAGGGCACAGGGAGAGAGUCAUGGCUUCUGAAGAUCAUCUAAUAGUUCAUGUAGCUGGUUUUUUUUUUUUUUUUUUUUUUUGUCCUGGCCAAUUCCUGUUCCUUCCUAGGUUGCAGUGAGUCUGUCUGAACUGGGCACAGCUUCCCAGUGAGGAGCCUGUUUGGUUAGGGUAGUUGUGAACUUCCUCACACGCACUCCUGGGGGAAGGGCUUCUUUCUCCUACUAAAUCAUGUGAAACCUCAGAAGCAUGGGCUUGAACAGCCUUGACCAAAUAUGCCUUCCCAUGUGAGGGGACCGUGGAGCCUGUGCAUAGGCUCAGGGGUGCUGGCUGCCAUGGGUUGUCAGCCAGCCUCCAUUCGGAAUACCUGCUGCUGUACUUGUCCAAGAAAGCAAGAUGGAGACCAGAACUCAUCUCGACCCACGUUUCACCAGCUGAGAACACAGAAAAAAAGAUGGAGACUACAAUAUCCCGUGCAAAUAAGGAGGCCCCGCCACUCUUCGUUUUCACCUCUUGGGGGUUGAAAGAGCCACUAUUUCCCCCACCUUAACCACACCUAAAACAGAUUUCCAAAGUCGUAACCUGCCUGGCAUGCUGGCACUUGGCACAGCAUGCUGCCAGGCCCUGCGGGCCAGACUCCCGAGGUGGGCUGCCUUCCGUAGGAGGUUAGAGUUCAGGGAGGGGAACAGACGGAAACACAUCUGGUAGGGUCUUCUUCAGCAGCAGCUUUGACACGUUCUAGAUUCUCCACUGGCUCAGACAUGAGUGCAUUUCAUCUGGGAUGGGCAUUGUGUCAUUUUAAUCCGACUCGUUUUGCUUUUGGAAAAGAAGUAUCAUAAACAUAUUUGUGUACAUCCAGAAAUAAGGGUCAGAUCUUGAGUUUGGUCAGAGCCUUGUUGUUGUUGUCUGCUUGAACUUGGCACUCGGCCUGAUAGAACUGGCCGCUCUCCCCUCAGUCCUUCCCUCUCUUUCCUAGGCAGAAAAUCGACCAGGCCGAGACUGACAGGACUCACCCUGAGCCUUUGUUUGUAGCUUUGGCAACCAAUUGCAGAUUUUUGUUACUAAGGUGCUUGUUUGUAAAAGGACCCUUUAGAGUCACGUCUAACCCUCUGAAGUCCAGCUCCAUUGCAGUGAGUCCCACCCCCACCCCCCACCCUGUGUCCCCUGUGGAUUGGAUUUCCCCCUGCAGUCACAGAUCCAGGCAUCGUAACAGCAGCCCUGGCCCAGAGUGUGGGGUGGGGUCCUCCUGAUGACCACGUCUGACUUUCCCCAGCCUUAUAUGCAGUGUUCCUGUCCGGAACUGUGGAGGAGGAGGAAAGAUGGUGGACAGGCUUCCAGGGGACAGAAACAAAGGUCCCUCAGAGCAGUGGAUAACAGAGGCAGAGAAAAGGCCUGUGGCCCUGCUGAAAAUCACUCCCUACCCCAUGCAAGGUACCUGAAAGUGUGGAGCAGCAGGGAUUGAUCUCUAAAUGGGAAAAAAUGGCAUUCAGAGCCAUUUCUGGCAGUGUCUCUGGUUAGUACUUGGUGCUAUGUCCAGCCCAUUUGCUAUUGGCCCUUGAAUUCUGGCUAACCUGUUAUGUGGGUUCGGGAUAGGUAUACAAAUAUAUUACAGUUUUGGUUUUGGUUUUGGUUUUUGCCAAACCGAAAGCCUUCCUGUCAAUGAUUGCUAAAGCAGAUUUCACUUAAAGUAUCUCUAUUUGUGUCCACACUCCCUGUGCUUAGCCAUUUGCGUUCUUUCCCAGUGCGCACAGCUUGAAGACUGAGGGGAUGACUACAAAUGACCCAUGUGGCUUUCCUGAGAAUUCCCAUAGCCAAGCUGAAAGGGAGCAUCUGAAAUCCCUGUCUUUCCCACCAGCCCUUCCCUCCGCCUCUUCUCUUCCAUGUUAGACUCCUGUCAUUCUAGAACGUAGUGGCCACAUCGAUCUCUAAGAAAGCUGGCUGGCUUGUGUGGAACCUCAGGGAUCAUUAAGGAAAAGCUAGAGCAGAGGGCAGACAUCUACUCCCACAUGCAGCAGCUCACAUGCAGCCUUGGCAGUGACCACAAACUCGGUUCUCCCAGCUCAGUAGACCUAGCCAACACGCCCUGCCCACAACAACGGGCACACUUACAACAGCGUGACUCCCCUGUUGCGGGCCAUGCUUUGCCCAAGACCGCUGGCCCUAUCCAGUCCCACCUGGCCAGCCCUGCCCCUUUCCAACCUGGCCUGGCUGCACAGCAUCUCACUUCACCCUGAGUGGCUCACUCCUUGUUGAACCCUUCAGUCUUUGCAAGUCCCGAGUUCCCUGUGGAGCCCUGCUGCAGUGAGGGGGUCUCCUGCAGCUCCAGCAUCCCAUGGCCCCGUCGCAGGGACAGCGUUACAACAGGGCCGUACUACAGUUUCAGGAGACUGACUGCCACACGUCAGCCUCGAUGCCACUGAAGACAAAAUGACCUGCCUUUUUGUUUGAUAGUAUAGUGUCAUUUAUUUUAUAAAUUUUUAGGAUUUUUUUCUCAUUGUAAUAUUAUUGUACAGUUUUGCAUGGCCUAGGUGUAAUUUUUGUUUAGACUAUGAUGCUGACCAGUGUGUGUGGAAGGGAAGAUACUGCUUUGGCCUCUUAUCAUUCAUUUGGUUUGGUUUCAUCCCUUGAUGUCUUAGGGGACUUCCUGAGAGCGUGUCUGCUACCAGACCAUGACAUGGAUUCUUUUGCACAGAAUUAUUUAAGGUGGGAUAGUAAAAAAUGUAACAAAGAAUUUCUCACCAAUAUUUUAUGUUGGUGUCACCUAAUUAACCAGACUUUGAUGUACUGCAAUAAAAUAAGGAACUGUUA